AUGAGGGAGAGAGUGCCAGCGGCAGCCUGGCGUCAUUUUCCUGGCAAGGACAAUCCAGCGGACGUCGCUUCCAGGGGAACCACGCUACCUGAACUUGCGCUGGACGAGAAAUGGAAAUGUGGGCCAGCAUGGCUGGAGACAUCUGACGGACAGGACAUCAGCGCUAGUAGCAUGCCCGAGGAGUGCCGUGCAGAGAUGAGCAGAAGAGAAAUGGAAGUCGUCGACAACUCAGCCGCCUUACUGACAACGACACAUCCAUCGUCAGACAUCGGACUGGUCAUCGACUGUACCCGAUUCAGCAAUUACAACCGACUUCUGAGAGUGACAGCUACAGUGCUGAAGGCCAUACAGCGCUUCAAGUCUAAACGGCAAGAGAGUGAGAGCGAACUCACGGCUGGAGAUUUAGAUCUCGCCGAGAAGCUGUGGAUCAACCAACUUCAACUUGCGCUCCCGUCUCAUCAGCACUACAAGUCUUGGCAGGCAGAAUUCGGUCUGUUUGUGGACAACGGUCUCAUCCGCUGCGGUGGCCGACUCCAGAACUCUGAUUUGCCUCUGACAACCAAGCACCCGUACUUUCUGCCGAAGGAUCACCACGUGACUGACCUGAUUGUUAAUGAGUGCCAUGCCCGAGUGAUGCAUGGUGGGGUCAAGGCCACACUAACGGAGUUUCGCGCACGUUUCUGGCUCGUGAAGGGACGUCAACGGAUAUGUCAAAUUAUUCACAGCUGCAGAACUUGUCGUCGCCACGACUCGAAGCCAUACACAGGACCCAAAGCACCUCCGCUACCAAGAUUCCGGGUAGAGCAGACUACUCCAUUCAGCUACGUGGGAGUUGACUAUGCCGGACCACUACACAUCCGGAAUGAGAAUGGUCCAGCCAAGGUUUGGAUAUGCCUGUUUACGUGCUGCACGACUCGAGCAGUUCAUCUAGAUGUCGUUAGUGAAAUGUCCACGUCGGCGUUUAUGUUGGCAUUUCGGCGCUUGUCCGCCCGAUUUGGAACGCCAGCCAGUGUAAUUUCCGACAACGCAGCAACUUUCAAGGCCGCAGCGCGGAAAUUGGUCAACUCAAGGGUCAACUGGCUAUUUAAUGUCGAGAAGGCACCGUGGUGGGGUGGGAUAUUCGAGCGCCUAAUCAAGUCGAUGAAGGGCUGCUUGAAGAAGGUCAUUGGCAACGCGCAUUUGUCUUUAGAUGAAUUGCAGACUAUUCUGAUGGAAGUGGAGAGAACUCUGAACUCGAGGCCACUAACGUAUGUAUCGUCGGAAGACACCGAGAAGCCCCUCACCCCCAGCUACUUGCUAUGUGGGCACCGAUUGCAUGGUCAGGCGGAUGAGCUUGUGCCCCAAAUGGACCCGGACUUUGACUUAACUCCAGGAGACGCCAACCGGCGACUGGCAUACCUCGACAGCAUCCUCACCCAUUUCUGGAGUCGAUGGCGACGGGAGUAUUUGGUUGACCUUCGCGACAGCCAUCGCAGCUUGCAGAUUACAGCCGGGGACGCGGUGUCACUUGAUGAUGUGGUGAUAAUUGAGGACGAGUCAGCCAAGCGAUGUCAAUGGAACCUUGGAAGGGUCCAUGAGCUGCACACGGGAAGAGACGGGCAAGUUCGUGCCGUUACGCUUCAGAUGGGUUCAGGCCGGAAGCGCCAUUACUUGAAGAGACCAGUCCAGCACCUCUAUCCCGUAGAGUUGUCUAACAGUCAGCAGGUUGACGUUGAGCAGCAUGAAGACGCUCCAGCACGCCGACCAAGAUCGCAGAGACGUGCAGCUGCUCACGCAAAUGAAAUGAGACAAGCGCUGAUCACUAAUAACUGCAUUUAA